AUGGAAGCCAAAGAAAGAUUUAUGUCUAUUGAUCCAACUAAGCUUCCUGAUCCUCCGAUGCCAUCCUAUACUUUUACAAUUUACAAUCGCGAUUUAUUUGAAAGGUCGAAGUUCAAGAACUAUGACUCGUUACUUGAAAGUAAGCUCGCUCGUGGUCGAGCUAGAGCAAAUUAUUCGGCAUCAAUUCUUGAAAAUGGCAAAGCAAUUGGUGCAAACGGAACUCUGACGAGGCCACACGACGUGCAGGAGAGUAAGGCCCGUGAAAAGGUUCCGAAAAUGACAAGUACAUAUUUCUUAGGUGGUGAGUAUGUUGCAUCUUUUACUCUUGGCACACAGCAAAUUAAAAGUUACUUGCUAAUAGACACUGGAAGUGAUUUAGUUUGGUGGCAAUGUGGACCAUGUAAGGCAAAUAAGUGUUACAAACAAAACUUUGAUCCUUUAUAUGUUUCAACUAAUUCGAAAACAUAUCGAAAACUCGAUUGCAUUUUACAAAGUGAAAGUUGUUUAAUCACGUCCCCGGGUUUUGAAUGUUCUCCAUUCGGUAAUCAGUGUCUCUAUGAUAUGAAAUACAUGGAUGGAGCAAGAACAAAAGGUUGGAUAGCAGAUGACGUGAUUACUUUUGUUUUAGACCAAAAUCCGGUAAGGAUAGUUUUUGGAUGCGGCAAAGAUCAAAUGAGUGGAACAAAAUUUAGUGGUGAAUAUUCUGGUAUCGCUGGCAUCGGACGUAGAGAAAUGAGUAGUGGAUAUUCUUUACCAAUGCAAUUUGAGGCGGACAUAAUGUCCAUGUUUUUUAUUAACGACAAGGAAAUUCCACUGAAUCCAUCAGUGUGGAAUUAUAGAAAGGACAUGACCGGUGGGGCUAUUGUGGAUACCGGAACAACUAUUACCUCUUUUCCUCAAGAUUUUUAUACUGAAUUCCGUUACGUAUUCAGGCAGGAAGUUCACGAUAUUCCAGAGGUUGAUCCUCUAUAUGAUUACUACACUUGCUAUAAAGCGGAUCCGAGUGCAAAAUUUCCCGUUGUGAAGUUGUACUUUGGAAGGCAAGACCCGAAUAAUUUGUUGUUACUGACACAAGAUCGGGUCGUGGUGCACACUAGUGGGAAAUACUGUCUGGCUUUUGAGGGAUGGAAGCAAUCCGUCACACUUUUUGGAGCUAAUCAACUCCGAGUAGGAUUAACUUUUGAUACUAAAGCAAAUACUUUGUCCUUUGACUUAGAUGCAUGUGAUUGA